CCAAGCCACUGGGUUAGCUUUGGUCUAAUUGCCCUCAGCGCGGCGAAUGUCCCUGGGUUUACUGGCGAAGAAGAAAAACCGCGCGCAGGAGGGCCUCCUGUGCCCCAGUCUUCCUUAAUCACUCUUCCAUGGUCUAGGACUACGGCUUCCGAGGAUUUCCCGUAUCAAAAGAUUCUUGCCAUGGCCUCAACGUUUCUGUCUCUGUGCUUGCUCCUUUGCUUUGGCGUCCGCCUGUCCUUUUCUGGGCAAUCUAACUCCAUGGAAUCAGUUCCUGAUCUUCAGAAGUCUAUGUACAAGGUAGUUGAUGGAUAUCCUUGUGUGCGGUUACUAAGUCUUUCUGGACCUAUUGGUUGUUCCAAUCCUGGACGAGACAAGGUUGUUGCCCCGAUAGUGACAUUCAAAAAUGCUAAUCAGCUAUCAAAGUCAUCUGCUAUAUUGGUGUCAUUGGAUGAGUUUGAAAGUCUCUUAACAAGAAUAUCUGGUGAUUCAAGCUUUGCAAGUAAGGUUGCGGGUGUGCUUGUUGAGUCAGGAGCUGGAGUGCAGAAUAAGUUGAAAGGAUUCUCUCCAGAACUAAAGUUUCCACAAGUUGAAUUUGCUCCUUACCAUAACACUGGACAUCAAUGGAAUCCAACUGGUUCUGGUAUCAUGUGGAAAUCCUACAAUUUUCCUGUUUUCCUACUCUCAGAUGGUAGCACCGAGACUCUUCAUGAGGUUGCAACUAAGAAUGAGAACAACAGGAAAGGUUAUACAGCUAAUGUGGCUGAGUUUGAUCUGGUGAUGCAGGUAACGAAAUCUGGAAAUCAUGGUUCAGAGUCUUGUUUGAAAGAAGCGACUUGCCUUCCUUUAGGUGGAUACAGUGUCUGGUCAUCACUUCCACCAAUCAACAUUUCAUCCUUUGACCAUUCUAAACCCAUAAUACUGACAAUGGCAUCAAUGGAUUCUGCUUCAUUUUUUCGGGACAAGAGCCUUGGGGCAGAGUCUCCUAUUUCUGGCUUGAUUGCAUUGCUGGCAGCGGUUGAUGCUCUCUCGCAUGUGAAUGGUCUUGGUGACCUUACUAAACAGCUUGUUUUUGCAGUUUUUACUGGCGAGGCAUGGGGUUACCUUGGAAGUCGAAGAUUUUUGCUUGAGCUUGACACGCAUUCAGAUGCUGUCCAUGGGCUUAAUAACUCACAAAUUGAGACGGUUAUUGAAAUUGGUUCUGUUGGAAAGGGUUUCAGUGAAGGUGGUCAUAGAUUUUUUGCUCAUACAUCAGGGGUAUCUUCUGCUACAAAUGAGACAUUGGCUGCCUUGAGGCAUGCACAAGAGUCAUUGCCGUCUGAGAACAUUAAGAUCGCUUCUCCAAGUGACUCCAAUCCUGGGAUACCUCCAUCAUCCUUCAUGACAUUUUUGAAAAAGAAUCCUGCAAUCUCGGGGAUUGUCGUGGAAGAUUUUGAUGCUGUCUUUGCCAACAAGUUCUACCAUAGUCACCUUGAUGAUAUAUCGAACGUAAAUUCAUCAGCUAUUGUUGCAGCUGCUUCUCUUGUUGCCCGAACUCUGUACAUUCUUGCUAGUGAAAAGGAAGAUGCGAGAGAUUCAGCUUUAACUGCUAUAAAUGUAAAUGCGUCACUUGUCGAAGAACUUAUUGGUUGCUUAUUAACCUGUGAUCCUGGCCUUUCUUGUGAAUUAGUGAAGAGCUAUAUCUCACCUUCAUCAGCCUGUCCUAGCCAUUAUGUUGGUGUUGUCGUGGAUGAACCUUCAUCUACCCCCUAUCCAGGAUACAUUAACGAUGUUCCCAGGUUUAUCUGGAAUUUUUUAUCUGACAAAACCUCUAUUUCAAAUGAAAAUGGUAGCACCGGUUGUCAAGAAGAUUGCAAGAGUAGGGAUGAAGUUUGUAUUAAAGCAGAGACUGACGGGAAGGGUGUUUGUGUUGCCUCUACAACCAGAUAUGUCCCAGCAUAUUCAACGCGAUUAAAAUAUGAAUCAGGAGUAUGGAAUGUUUUGCCCCCGAAUUCAUCUGACGAGAUGGGAGUUGUGGACCCAGUCUGGACAGAAAGCAAUUGGAACACAAUUGGGAUUCAAGUGUACACUAUCCAAGAUGCGGGUUAUGACCGCCUUGUUUUGUUUGGGGGUAUCACCAUUACAAUCUUAGCAUACGUUGCAAUAGUAAUCACUAGAGCUUUUAUCACCAAAGCCAUGAAGAGGGAUUGAUUUUUUUUUUUGGGGGGGGGGGGAUUGGGAGACCUGCCCAGAAAAUUUGAGGACUAGGGCUGAAUCAAGUAGGGGUUAUUUGACUGUCAAAUUUUCUAGAUUUGAAUUUUUCAAGGAUGUGAAUUAUUUGAGCUGCAUCCUUGUGCAUGUGAAUUCUAUGUAAGAAUGCCGUCAUUACCACAACUUGCAGAGCAGGGCAUAGCUCCCUAGAACUGGAGGAAUAACAAAAACUUGAGGAGGGUCUUAAGAUACGUCAGUCUUUUCCUUUGCCCCUGUUGCGAUGUAACUGCCUAUUAUGGUACGUGUAUAAAUUUUAGCCUAGUUUCUUAUUGUCUCAAUUUGAAUCACGAAUGCCAGAUUCAUUUGUGAACACGUUGAAAUUAAGAGCAGAACAACGCUUGAAGGGAGUAGAGGAACGGACAGAUAAUGUGGAAAAGGGGCGUAUUUCUAUUCCAAAGAUGGCGGGGCAUUUAAAUGCAACUUGAGGAAUGAUCAAAAUGUAUGUGUAAUGUUACUACUCUUGUGCGACCAUGGUAAGAGAAAUUGCGAUA